AUGUAUAAACUCCUGCCAUUGCCAAGUACCUUAACCCUGGGCACGUUUGAAGAUGUCCGUGACGCUGAGGACGCUCUCCACAACCUGGACCGGAAGUGGAUCUGCGGCCGGCAGAUCGAGAUCCAGUUCGCACAGGGGGACCGCAAGACACCAAAUCAAAUGAAAGCCAAGGAAGGGAGAAACCUGUACAGUUCUUCUCGUUACGAUGACUACGACAGAUACAGGCGGUCCAGGAGUCGGAGUUACGAACGGAGACGGUCUAGAAGUCGUUCUUUUGAUUACAGCUAUAGAAGAUCCUAUAGUCCCAGAAACAGUAGACCUACUGGAAGACCUCGUCGUAGCAGAAGCCAUUCGGACAACGAUAGGUUCAAACACCGCAAUCGAUCUUUUUCAAGAUCUAAGUCCAAUUCAAGAUCACGAUCCAAGUCACAGCCCAAGAAAGAAAUGAAGGCUAAAUCACGGUCUAGAGGUAGGACUAAACUUUGACUUGACUUGUGUAUAUGAACAAGCCAGAAAAGCCGAACACAAACCCACGAUGUUUCAAGAGUGCAUGAAUAAAGAUGUUGUCCUAGUUCUUGCUCCCAUGGAAAAAUUGUGAAGAAGCUGUUCUGUGGGCCUUUCAGUUGGGGACGAGUUAGCAGGAUGUGGCCAAAAAGGGCAGGGAAUGUUUACGCAUUCACGCAAGUCAAGCCACAGCCCAUCUAGAUAACAUCUCCCUCCCUCGGUGCAGGUGUCCUAGUCCUGCUCUAAAAAAAGCAGGAGCCUGUCUUGUGCAAGCUACCUGCAGGUUAUGCACAGCUGGAAUGCAAGAACAUACGCAGGCUGCACAAGAUCAUGUCUAGGCAUCUUUCUUUUGGAGUCUCAAGAACGGUGGGAAUUAUGUUUUUCUGUGGUAAACUAGAUUUUUUUGUCAUUCCUGCAAAAUUUGUAGAAUUGAAGUAGCAUGUUAAAGAAAAAUAAUAAUUCUGCUGAAAGUAAUGGCUGUGCUCCAAAGUAUCUGCAGCGGAUUGGUUUCUCUCAGCAGUCGUAGAAGGCUCUAUUGGAACUUCUUUUUCACCAAAAGUCCAUGCACCCAACUGAUAAUUAAAAAUCUUAAAUUUAGUGGUUAAGUAGAUGGGUGUUUAAAUUAGGGACUAUAAUAGACUGGUCUCUGAAAGCUAAAUGUUAUCCUUUCUAUGUCUUUUAAAGAUGUUGAAAUGUACAGUAUAAUGGCUUUAUUCAAAGUGGAAAUUUUCAAUUUCAAUGUUAUUUUGAGCUCUCAUCUUGCCAAGAGCUUCUUUUUUUUAUUUCCUUUCUGUUUAGUCUGGGCUAACAGCUUGAAAUCUGUUCAGAGAAGGGCAAUUGGAUUAUCUACAUUGCAGCUCUGCUACUUGAUUUUUUUGGCAGGGAUGUUGCAGACUAACAUUUUGAAGUACAAAGGGAUAAAUUUACACAUUUUUAGGAUAUAAUUGCCCAUUAAUAAUUGCUGGUUUUCUCCAUUUAUCUUGUAACUUGCUUAAAAAGUCUGUAGUCCAUUGCUAUACUACUUGUCUAAAGAUGCUCUUACUGACAAGACUAUUCUAGGAAGGGAAGAUUGUGUACCCUGUAGUGUGUUUGAUCAAAAGAUGCUAAUGUUUUAUUCAUACACAUCCUUUUUUUCUUGAGUUUUGUGUUCCAUCUGUGCAAAUAACCCUGUGAAUUGGGAAUAAAAUGUACAAGUUUUG